GUUUAUUUGAUCGAUGAUUAUGGAACGAAUUCGGAUAUUAAAUAUUUGUUAUUUGGAAUUAGUCAGCCUAUUUAUAUUGGAGUAGAUUUUUAAAUGUUAUUUAUUAUUCGAAAAUCAACCUGUGAAUGCCAACAAAUAUUUAUUUUUUACACUCAAGUCGUAUCAUUUUAAUAAAGUACAAUAACUUAUUUCUGUAUUGAUAUGUGUUUAAAGCUAUGGUUUUAAGUGUGGAAUAUGGUAGUGAUAACUGCUGGACAGAAGUUUGUAAAAAAGUGAAAGAUGCUAUUGUUUUUCUGGAUGAAUGUUCUGCAGAAUGUUUACAUUGGAAUGGAGGACUUGUUAGACUUCUUAGGGCUGGAGCCCUGGGUGUUAAAGGUUUUUCUUCCUCAGUGAGUGAAAACAGUCAACAGAAGAAGGCAGUAUUUCUCAUUAAGGAUCCUUUAACUGGUCCUCCUCGUAUGAUCCUUAGAGAUAUUAUAUCAAAGAGUAACUUUGAACAUUGCAUUGUGAUAACGUCAUGUAGUCCGAUUGCCUUAACUUUGGCAACUACUGGAAAUGUACCAGAAGGAAGUCAUGAAUUAACAGCUCUUCACAAACUUGAACGUGACAUUUUACAUUGGAUGAAAUCUGAGGCUUAUACUGCAGAAAUAUUUCAUUUUCCUUAUGGUUUCAUAUCAGUCACAGAAUAUUUUUUUAUUAUACCAGCAUUUUCAAAUCUAUUUCCUUGUUUUGAAGAUGAUCUGGGCAUCAAAUCUUCCCAAAACUAUGGGACUGCAGAAUGGACUAUGGAGUCACUACCUUUGGAAUUACAAGUAGUUAGUGUGUAUCUUAUGACAACCCUUAAUGCCUUGUUGUCUCAAUUAAACGUUCGAGAAGAUAUCUAUUGUUUAGGGCCUUAUAGCACUUUAAUUGGUUCUCAAUUGCAAAAACAGUCUACAAGCAUACUCAGGGCUAAAACUGCUAACUCUACUAUGGGUUUGCUGUUAAUUGAUCGGAAUUUGGAUGUUUGUAGCUGCUCAGCUUUGGAAAAUUACUCAUUUCUUGAUUGCAUGAAAUCAGUUCUGCCACCUUUCCCUUCACAUAGUAUAGAUGUUGCAAUUGAUAUGUCUUCCCUAAGCUCUUCUAAAGUGGGUAAUAAAUUUAAUGUUAUUGCACCUGGUUGCUUACAUGAACCCAAGACUGAUAUGUUGGAGUGGCUUAUUUACAAAACACCAAAUGAUAUAUUAAAAGCACUAACGAAAGAAAUAUCUAUGAUUUGUAAUCUAAAAGAAAAAUCGAGCGUUUCUCCAUCUGAAUUAGAAGAUGUCGUUCAGAAGAAGUUUUCUGGAAAAUAUGAUCUCAUCAGAAAACAUUCUGCGGCUUUACAGUAUACCUUGGGUUUCACUCAGACUGUUAAGUCCAGUGCCUUAGAAAAAAUGAAAUUAGCUGGAAGUUUUCAAAAAUUAUUGAUGCAAGCUUUAGCAGUUGAUAAUAAAACAGAUGAAGCUGUUAAAUUGAUCAUCAACAUAAUUGAAACUAGGAGGAACAAAGGAUUGGGAAUGGAGUUUAUUUUGUUGAUUUUAAUAUUUUUUUAUAAUUUUAUUGGUGAUCAAUAUUUAGUGAGUCGUGAUGUAGAAAAUAGUUUAUUGCUGUCAUUUGAAAAGGCUUUCUCCGAAGAUAGAGAAACGUAUGGCCACGAUAUGGGUUUAAGUGUAGAGGAAAUGAGCGAUAGUGAAUUCUGCUCUCGUGUUUUCAAGAAACUUAAUAGUUUAAAGAAGAGUAGAAAUCAUUUGAUGAAAUUCAGGAAUAUUGCUAUUUAUGAAGAUAUGUUAUUACCAUUGGAAUAUAGGAGCGUCUUGAAACAGUUACUAGAAGAUAUCACAAAUCCAAGUAAACCAGAACUUGAAGAUGUUAAGCAUAAACCUAAUCUUAGCCUUCGAGAUAAUUUUGCUUCAAGAUUUAGUAUGAUACUAAGCUCUUCAAGACCCCAUAUUAUGGACAAUGAUAAUGUGUUAAUAUUUGUGAUUGGUGGUAUAACCGGUAUGGAAGUGAAGUUUAUAAAAGAUUAUUUUAAACCAUUCGAUAAAACAGUUAUGAUUGGAUCCACUGCAUUGACGUCUCCUGCGCACUUAAUACAAAAUAUAUUUAUAAAUGACCCUUUAAAACCUAUUUUGAUAUAAUAAAUUUUUUAUUUC